AACAUCUCACGGGUUGUGAUGUUUACUUUUUCCUUUUUUAUUUCUUGGAGUAAAUGUUGAAAUACAGACAUUAGAUGAAAACCGCCUUUUUUAAUUGUUGUGCCCAGUAUUUUAUCAGUUUUUACCUCACCAUGUGCCCAUUCUUGCACGACAAUUUGGCUCCUCCUCAGUCAGAAAACUUCAACAAAAUGGCCCAACGAUGGUUUAUGUUUCAGUUUUGUAUAAUUACAAUCCAAUGUCAUAUGACUCACCAGGUGUUGUAAGUCUCGUAAUUAUAUAAUAGAAUUGACAUUAGUCAUUUCUCACGGUGAAUAGUAAGAAGCUUUGUGACCUCAUUUGUUAAUGUUCCAAAAAAUCCUAUAGAUAUGACUUGCCAGUUGCCAGAGUUUGAUCAUUGUUCUCUUUACGUUAUAUUUUAGUUCCGAUGUUUAAACAUGUCGUCAUCACUUUAACAGACUAGUAUUUAUUUAUCUAAAUUAAUUAUUUAAACCCUACCCUAAAGUUACUGGCUACCAACCUGCCUGUUACUCAUGGCUACCAUGCCAGAGAGGCGGGUGACAAUGCCGUCUAAACCGACCAUGAGUGUGUCUCCAAAACCAAAGCUGCUACCACUGCCUAAGCUGUCUCCUAAGCCUGAUUCACCUCUGAAACCUGAGUCUCCACUCUCCCCUAAACCAAGACUGUCUCCAAAACCGUUGCUGUCUUCAAAAUCUAUGGUGUCUCUUUCAAUUUCUCGUAAAGCACCCCCUGAGACGCCUCCAAAGCCGCUGUCUCCAAAACCAAAGCCGGUUCCUCCAAAGAAAAACCAGCCUCUCCACAGGCUGAAAAACCCUCUCCUCCAGCGGUGAUACUAAGACCAAAAGUUUCCAAAAGUGGUGCUCCUGAUAAAAAGGAGAGGCUAAGGAGGCGAUAUUCUCUGGCAGUGAUGAGCAACGUCGCAGCCCCUGAAACUGCUAGCUCUAGUUCUCAUGAUUUACGAAGAGAUAUUGAGCGUAAAGGCGAGGAUAUCUGGAAAACUUACUGCCGAAACCCGCCGGGCUACCCGACCCUCUUCCCUCCUGUCCCCCAACUUCCUGCCAAACUUCGGGACAAGCUAUGCAGUGACAAGGAAGAUGCGGUAUCUCGAUAUCAGUGCGAGGCUACGGUGUAUCGAGCCCUAGCGAACCUUCCAGAAGAUCUCGUAGUUCUGCAAGGCUUCGAGUUUACUCACCAGGAGUUUGGAUUGUACGUGAAUCACGAAUGUGAUAAGACCGAUACGGAGGUCGAGGGAGGCUGUGAUUUCGUUGCCAUUGGAGAAAAUCAUGUGGUUAUUCUUGAUGUUAGAUCCAUGAGUUUGGACGGUGAUGGUGCUGGUGAUUUGUUUCUGGAGAAUUUUAAAGAGUCGGCAGGACUAAGAGCAAAGGUGUCGAAAUUGGCACUCCGAUUAUUAUCAAGACAUUCCGUUUCAAAAUGCCGACCAUCCGUCAAUUCACUGUAUUUCCGAACAUAUCAAAAUCGGAAUGCGAAAAGCUACCCCAGUUUGCUACACUUUCUGACGCAGAAAAAGGUAACCUACUAUUUUCCAACGAACUUACUACUUGGUGGGCCAGUCAAAAUAAAGCAGAUAAGGUAAAGAUUAAGAAGGACAAGGAAUUUCACGUAGCUCUUCAGCGCGUAAAACAGACUCUGAUCGGUAUUUGGUCUAUGGACAGGGAGAAUGUCAGUGGUACAGGUAAUUGUGGACUUGGCAAGAAUUUAACACGUGUUGAAGCGCUUCUCGACGGGAGAAAAACUGUGGAAAUUGAGGAUUUUGUUUCGGCUAUCAGUAAACUAUCUAACAAAGAUCAUAGCUCCGAGCUAAAUGGGGGAGAUGAGGUAGAUGGUGGAGAUGACCAUCAAAAUAUUAUGUACGGAGUAAAACCAGUUCUACACUUGGUAACCCGGAGAGUCGGUCACGAAACUGUGCCACUCACCACCUUGAUUAGCAACAUCUUAGAAACAGACAUCACGAAUCUUGCAGAUGUAGACCCUGCGACCACAGCUAUAGUUGACGUGAACACCAACUCUUCUAGUUCAUUGCUAGCAAGUUUAGAGUCCAUGUCAGCGAUAAAGGGUUAUGAUGAAGUGGUAGCCUCGGACUGGACCGCUGUAACAUGUGUUGUAGACUUGUCCGAAGUCUUAAGACUAUCCGCAAUGAAAGCCGGCCAGUGUCAGGAUCUGGACACAAUUCUUGUUCGAAUGAAUUCCGUUUUUGCAAGAGUUAAGUCUUACUUGUCCGUGAUUCUAAUCGUCGGCGCUACAGAAGUUAUGGGCGACGAACAAUUCGACGAAUUCGGAAAAGAAACUCUGAAUAAAAUCAACAGAGCUUACUUCCUGAAAACUAAAACCACUCUUAGCAACCUUGUUCAAGCUCAAGUUUCCCAGUCAUGUGUCAAGUAUUACAACACGGCCUCUUCGUCAAGUAGCAGUGACUGUGUUCAGCUCCCCUGGGCUGAGAUCAAGAAGAAACUAGAUUCCAUGUUCAUCUUCCCGGAACAAAGAAUAAACAAGCAGGUGGUUAUUUUGAUAACCACACAGAUCGCCACCGUUGAGAACCAUGUUUUGAGUAUUGCCAGCAAGAUAAACACUCAAAAGAGUGCAACCAAGAACUGGAUAGACAAAUUAGGACCAGGUUGUCGAAACGAUGAUCUAAAAAGGAUAAAAAAUACCAUUGAUAAACUACAAGAAGGAAUAUUUGAAAUGCACGAACUUCACGGUAAACUGACGACGCAAUUGUGUGAUCUGAGCCGAAUGUACCAAGAGGUUUACGAAGAUGUUGAGGCCAACAUCGACUAAAGAAUUUUAGUGGUUUACUUUAAAAUUGUUCUUGACAAUAAUUUUGCACGAAAUUUACUCAAAGAUUUUUGAAAAUGUUAAGUUAUAAAUGGUUAAGAAUAGAUUCUAUUUUAAGCACAAAAUGGAGAAGCUUGUUUUAUAUUGCACGCAUUUUAUAUUCCUUUUUGUUAUACUAAGUUGUUUGAGAAUUGUUAGAUUGGACUUAAUUCCAGGACAUUUUCCUGAUAUAAUUAAAAAUUGUUAGUUUGUAGUAAUGUUGAACAUUGAAGUAUGGCAAAACUAUUUAAUUAAAAUUGAUUUUUAUAAUUGCAAACUC